AUGGGCCAAGGAACAGAGUGUGCUGACCGUCCAACAGAAGUUAGUGUCAUAAGAUUUGUGUCCAGGAACCGGACUAUUGAGGAAAUAGCUCCAAAAAAGGAAAUUUAUACAUGUAAACAGCAGGGUUGUGGUAAAAUAUUUACAAAUCAAGAUGAAUACAAGACACACGAAGCUUUAGAAGAAUUAAAAAUACGUUUUAUAUGUCGAGAACCAGGAUGUGGAAAAGAACUGUCAGAUCCGGGGACAAUGUGGCGUCAUUAUCAAGAGUAUCACAGCAAUGAAACGACAAAUAUAUUUAUUUGUCCUUAUACAAGUUGCGGUGGGUCAAUACACACCAGCAGUGUUAAUUUAGAGCAACAUAUAGAAAAUAGUCAUCGACAUACACCAGCUCUGAUACCCACUGAGCCAGAAAUAAUAUGUUUUGAGGGUCCAGGUAGUACUACUUCAACCACUGGUAAUCAUAUUGUCGAUGAUGAUGAUGAUGAUGAUGAAACCUUAAAUGACGACGAGUGCAUUGAAAUGAUUGAUGAAAAAAUAAAUAUUAUUAUUAAUAAUAAUAAAUCAAAUGACUCUAAUAACAAAAAUAGACUGAUAAUACCAGAAGAAAAUUAUGAUAAUCGUUCCAAUGAUUCUGCCAAAUUAUUUAUCACUAGUGAUAAUAAAGACACUAAUCACACUAAUAACUCUAAUAGUAUACUGUAUGAUAAUAAACAAGGACAAAUAAAAUUACAAGAGCAUAGGAUAGAUUUGGGUAAUCUUGAAAAAGUAUUUAGAAGUGGAUUUGAGGAUAAAACUUGUAGAAAUAUUGAAUCGAGUAAUGAUAAAAAUAAUUGUAAUAAUAAUAAUAAUAAUAAUAAUAAUAAUAAUAAUAAUAAUAAUAGUAAUAAUAAUAAUGGUGCUUCUACUACUUCAACCACUACUACAGCAACAACAACAACAACAACAACAACUACUACUACUAGUAAUAAUAAUAAUAGUGAUACCAAUAAAACAACAAACAGUGAUGAUGAGGAUGAUGAAGAAUAUACACCUAAAAAACAAAGAAUGUCGAGGUGUAAACAAGAAUUACCCUAUAAAUGUGAAGUUAAUGGUUGUGGUAAAAUGUACAAGUAUAUAUCUCACUAUCGACAUCACCAGGACAGUCAUAAAGUACAAGAAAAUAAGGAAGCUAAUAAAUUAUUAAAAUCAAAUAAAAUUAAACAACAACAAUUACAGCAGCAACAACAAUUACAACUACAACAACAACAACAACAACAACAACAACAACAAAGUAAAGCAUCUACUGUUAGCUUUUUUUUAUGUAAAAUACCUGGUUGUGGAGCUCAAGUAAAUAAUGUAACUAGUCUAUGGAAACAUUAUCAAGAUAAUCAUGCAAACAAUACAAAAACACCAAUUGUACAAUCACAAAUAAAAAGCAAUCAAUUAUUUCGAUGUAAAAUAUUAAAUUGCGAUAUGGAAUUUCGUACAAGUGUACAGCUAUACAAACAUUUAAAUGAUGUACACUCAGUUAAUACACGAACGGCAAAUGUUAUUGGAACACUGUUAUCAGAUAAUAAUAACGCCAGCACCGACGCUAAGACUGAUGGGAUUGAUUGUAAACUACGAUUUAUAGAUAACGAUUUUAACCAAAAUGAUAAAAAAUCAAAGACUGAUUUUAAAGCCAAUUGCAAUGUUAUUAAUAUUACUUAUAAAGAUAAUGAUAACGGUAACAAUGAGGAAUGUAAUACCUCAUCAUCCAAUUCAUUAAUAACAAUGGCUAUCAAAGAAGAAUCUUCACGCGAUUGA